UCAGAUUCCUGUGUGAAGAGCCAGCUGCCAAGAGGUUGGUCAGUCUUCAGCGCUGAUAGCAUGACUCCUGCCCUUUUCAUCCUUCUCCCCUUGGUCUUUGCCUUGACUUUGGGUCAGAGUAUGUCUCUUUGCAUCCCUGUUGAGUAUGUCAUCCACGUGGAAAAAAGAGAAUGUGCCUACUGUCUGGCCAUCAACACGACCAUCUGCGAAGGAUUCUGCAUGACCCGGGACAGUAAUGGUAAGAAGCUGCUGCCCCGGAGUGCCUUGUCCCAGGAAGUGUGCACAUACAAGGAUAUGAUGUACAGGACCGUGGUGAUCCCUGGCUGCCAGCAUCACGCUGCCUCUUAUUACUCUUACCCUGUGGCACUGAGCUGCAAGUGUGGGAAAUGCAACACCGAUUAUAGUGACUGCAUACAAGAGGCAAGCCGCACUGGUUAUUGCAACACACCCCAGAAACUACAUAAUCCAUGA